CAUCAGUCGAGUGAUGGAUCACUCUCUAAACGACUGAGCUGUUCUAGUAUCUUUGGCGGGAGUUACACUUACCUUGUUUGAUUAAGUAGUUUAGCGAAUAAUAACUCUUCAUUUACUGAAAAUGGGAUUUCGUCGUGCAGUGGCCCUUGCAGUAGGGAUUUUUUUCUUUGCUUCUGGGUUACCAAAAGUUGUACCUUUGCAGCCAUUGCAUAACAAAAUGGUUUCUGAAUUCAAAGCAUUCAACAGGGUGUUCCCGCUCAAACAUUUUGGUGUUAAACUUGAAGCAGAUGUGUACCGCACUCUCAUAGGUGUUUUGGAAAUCGCAAUGGGCGUUUUGAUGGCUUUUGGACGGUCUGACGCUGCAUGGUUCAGUACUGUUGGUCUGCUCACAAUAAUGGUUGGCGCAGCAUAUACUUUGAUUGCCCUUGAAAAGCAAACGAUGGAAAUAGCCAUCCCAGUUGGUUUUGGAUGUGUCCUGUUCUGGCUCCUGUUUGGUGAUCGAUACUAAAAGACUGAUGGCGAUUACCAAUAAUUCUAAAAGUUGCUAUUUUGAAACUUUUUAUGUUUAACAUUCCAAAAACAAAAUUUAAUUCAGGCUAUACUAGCUUGUAAAUUUUGUAAAGAAUGAAUUAUAAUUGUUAUUUGACUUAACAUACAGUAGUUAAUUUUUUAGUUGUGUUGUGUUUAAUUGUUUGCGUGAUUAAUAUGUAAUGGUUUUUGAAUUCUGUCAUGAUUAUUUGGAAGCCUGCUAAGUUUUCUUGUACACGCACUAAUUGACCAUUGGGAUUGAUAAAAAUCUAGUUGGGGCGGUGGGUGGUGCUCAGCUAUUUUGGGUAACAAAAUUUAUGAAGGACGAAUAGAAAAUUCAGUAUAAACUGCCUAACCUUUGACAUUACCCAUAAGUCACUGCACAUGUGAAACUAUCAAGACAAUUUAUUGGUACUUACAGUGAUUAGGCCUACAUUAGGUUUGUACUAGUCUUGGUAUUCUUAUCAUUUCUGUAUUUGACUGUUCCUUGAUAUAGUGUAUAAAAUUACUAAUUGAUUGAUUGCGAAAAGUUUUAUAUACCGGUAGUUGGAGGGUUGAAAGAAUGUUAGGCAAAGUGAAUUUUGAAUUCAUUUGGAGCUAAGCUCCAUUCUCAG